CCAACAGAUGAGCUCCCGCGAGACACUUGAGUCAAUCUGAGGCGCGUUUGGCUCUCAGUCGCAGCAACCGGCACAUUAUUUGUUGUCUUUGUCGCCGCUUUUGGAAAUCAUUUGCCAUAAAUGGCUUCACCGUGUUGUUUCCUCUUGUGAUCAUUUUAAUUUUAAACCGUUUGGCCAAGAUGGAAUUCCUAGAAAGCCUUUUCUGAUGGCACGUAAUCGCUUAGCGCGCAUUUUGCAUCAGACUUGAUCGGAAAUAAAACGACUUUUACGCACAAGGAUGGGUUCGGAGAGGCCGAACUUUCUGUCCCAACCGGUGGUGAAGAACAUCUUCAUGUUCCGCAAUGGUGACCCUUACUACGAAGCCCGCAGACUCGUGAUUAACCAGAAGAGAGUGAGCAACUUUGAGAUUUUACUGAGGGAGGUGACGGGGGGCAUCCAGGCGCCCUUUGGAGCCGUCAGGAACAUCUACACCCCGCGUGGGGGGCAUCAAGUGGACUGCCUGGACAAACUUCAGAAUGGGGAGCGAUACGUGGCUGCUGGGAGAGAGAGAUUUAAAAAGUUAGAUUAUUUACAGAUCAGCUCUAGAAAGAGAAGGCUGUUACAGUCUCUUCCACUGCAGGCCAAACCACUUCCCCCAAAUCGAAUUUCUGUGUCCGCUAGGUUCUUGAAACCAAUUAAGGAGCCGUGUCCAAUAUUUGUGGUGGCAAACGGGGACACUCUGAACCCUGCAAUAAGGCUGCUCAUCCACCAGAGGCUGCUGUGCCAGUUUGAGAGGAUCCUUCAGAUGAUCACAGAGAAGAUGGGUUUGAGAGUCCUCGGCGGUGUGAGAAGUCUUUACACUUAUGAAGGCCAGCAGGUGACUGAUGGCCCUCAGCUGGAGAGCGGCCAGCUUUACGUGGCCGUGGGCAGAGAGAGAUUUAAGAAGCUCUCCUACACCGACCUGCUGUUCAGCAAGCCUCGAGGGGCACGGCGGGUCAAUGGGAUGAAAAUGGGCACUCUGCCACCAAUCUACAGAUCCCCAAAACAAAAUGAAAAUAGAAAGUCAGCGGUCCGAAGCACUGGGAGUGGAGAUGGCGAGUCGAAGGCCUCGCCUCCAAACCACAACGGCGGCAGCAGGGAGAACCUGUCCUCCAUCGUCAGGGAGAUUUCUCAGGCCAGACUCCUCUCUCUCAGGUUGAAGAGGAGUGGACAGAGCAUGACUCUCUGUGACAAUGAUGACUUAGAUUCCAAAACUGAUAAUGGAAAUGCUGAUGUUAAAUCCCCGGACCAGUCAACUCAAGAGGACCUUGCAUCAGAUGAUACCAAAUCAUCAGAGGAGAAUGGCGAAAAGGCUGAAGAGAAGGACGAGGCCCCUGUUGAAAAUACCGCCAAAAAUGACGCUUCAGUCACCCAAGAACAAAAGGCAGAUAGGGAGACAAACAGUCUCACAAGAGGAGGUGCAGAAGAGGAAAAUGAAGCAGCAAAGAAUGAAAAUGAAUGUGAAGCAACGGCAGUGUCUGAAGAGCAGGCAGAGGACGUAAAAGAAGUGAAAGACGAACACGUGGAUGCAAGUAAGGGGGCUUCAGAUGAGAAUUGGGCGACGCCAGAUGAGAGUUGGAGUGAGGAAAAGAAGGUUGCAGAGGAGAGUGAGGCGGCGGCAAAUGUCAGUAAGAAUGUUUCAGAUGACAACGAGGAUGAGAUUUCAGACGGACAAAAGGAGGAGAACCCCGAUGAGUGUAAGGGGGAAGUCGCUAAUGAGAGUAAAGACGACGUUGCCGACGGCAGAAGGGUUGAGCUCACAGAUAAGGUUUCAGAUGAGAGUGAGGAUGACGGCGGAGAGGACUUUGACGAUGAGAGCAAGGAUCAGGGGACCGAUGAGAGGAAGGCUGAAGUUGGAGAUGAGGUUGCCAAUGAGAGGAAGAAUGAGGAUGGCAACGAGCGUACCGGUGAGAGGACGGAUGAAGGUACCAAUGAGAAUAAGGACGAGGUUGCCAAUGGGAGUAGGGAGGAGGUUACCGAUAAGCCUUCAAAUGAGAAUAACGAAGAGGUUGCAAAUGAGAGUAGGGAGGAGGUUGCAGAUGAGGCUAAGGAUGAGACUCCAGCUGAGAAUAAUUCAGUUACAUCGUCUGCAGGUGACCAAAUAACUGGGCAUUCAAACAACAUAAAUGGAGAUACCGAAGAAGGUCAAAAGGAGGGAAAUGACACCAAAGGCAGCCUUGAUAUCCAGGACAGUGGUAAUGAUUAGAAAGAAAAACAAUGAUGUAGUCUGAUAAUUAGACCAAAGAAACGAUGAUAGGAGUACCAAUAUUUAGGAAAGAGAGCUGAGGACCAAAUCUCAAUCUCAAGAUUCCACAUCAAAUCGAGAUCAAGUACAUGAAGUUUUGGGAUCGACAUAAAACCAGUAAGGAAAAGGAGGAAAACUCACAAAAGACAUCAGAUUCGUUUUAUAAAAGGAUUCAACAUUUUACAAGAAAGAAACAAAAAACAUUCGAUCUUGGAGUAGCUUCUCGACUGAAAAUGAUUCAAAUUUAUUUAGCAAUAGAUGUCUAACAGGUGAAUAAUGGCAGGAUGUAUGGAAACAUCAAAUAUG